AUGACUCUCAAAAUAGCGGUUCUAGACGACUACCAGGGCGUGGCAGAGCGGCAUUUUGGAACUCUGGGUGACGAAUUUGAAAUCAUCUAUUUCAAGGAUACCCUGCUACCAUACAAUCAUCCCGCGACCCCGCAGAGCGUCCGGGAUGAGCUGGUGCAGCGCCUGGAGCCAUUUCAAAUCAUCAGCACUACUCGAGAACGGACCCCGUUUCCCGCAGAGCUAGUCAGUCGCCUGCCGGAGCUGAAGCUUCUCCUCACCAACGGCACGCGCAAUCUAGCUCUGGACCUCAGUGCGUUCAAAGAGAGGGGCAUCGCCGUGGGCACCGUCCUGGGCGUGCGGCCCGUCGACUUUGCACCCGUGGUGGACCCGACCCCAGAGCACAUCCUGACCCUCAUCCUCGCCCUCUCCAAGAACAUCGCCGCUGACGAUGCCACGGUCAAGGCCGGCGGCUGGCAGACCGGCUUCAGCACGAGCCUGUCGGGCAAGACUCUCGGCCUGGUAGGCCUGGGCCGUCUCGGCGCCGUCACGGCCAAGAUGCUGCACGCCGCCCUCGGCAUGCAGGUCAUUGCCUGGAGCCCGAAUCUGACUCAGGACAAGGCCGACGAGCAGGCCCGAGCGGCAGGCUUCGCUGCCACGCAGGCCGACGGGCGCCCGACCUUUGCGAGCGUGUCGCGGGAGCAUCUCUUCAGCAGGGCCGACGUCGUCAGCGUGCAUCUCGUGCUGUCGGACCGCUCCAGGGGCCUCGUCGUGGCGGACGACCUGCGCAGGAUGAAGCCCGAGUCAUUCUUCGUCAACACGUCGCGCGGCCCGCUCGUCGUGGAGAGGGACCUGCUCGACACGCUCCAGAAGGGACGAAUCCGCGGCGCCGCCCUCGACGUGUUUGACAUUGAGCCCUUGCCCACAGACAGCGAGUGGCGGACGACCGCUUGGGGCAGGGAUGGGCGCAGCCAGGUCCUCUUGACGCCGCACACGGGAUAUGUAGACCACGCGGUGAUCCACGGCUGGUAUAAACUGCAGGCUGAAGAGGUCUUGCGUUGGAAGAAUGGCGAGGAGCUCAGCAUGCGUCUCGUAUAA